AUGAGGGGUCCUCGUUCUCUUGGAGUCGUGAUCAAACUCGGAACCAGUUCCAUUGUGGACGAAAAGACACAUGAACCCCUUCUAUCCAACCUCACCCUUAUAGUCGAGACGGCGGUCAAGCUACGAAAAGAUGGUCAUAAGGUGAUUAUUGUGUCGUCUGGCGCCAUUGGCGUUGGUCUCCAGAGAAUGGACGUUGAGAGGAGACCAAAACAUAUCUCCAAGUUGCAGGCCUUGGCAGCUAUCGGGCAGUGCCGCCUAAUGAGUCUAUGGGACAGCUUGUUCAACCAUCUCAGACAGCCUAUCGCCCAGAUCUUGCUUACCAGAAGCGACAUUUCUGAUCGGUCACGAUACCUCAAUGCGCAGAACACUAUGCAUGAGCUGCUCGAUAUGGGCGUGAUCCCCAUCGUCAACGAGAACGAUACGCUGGCCGUAUCCGAAAUCAAGUUCGGUGACAACGACACUCUGUCAGCCAUCACCGCCGCCAUGGUCCACGCCGAUCUCCUCUUCCUCAUGACCGACGUCGACUGUCUUUAUGACAAGAACCCCAGAACCAACCCUGACGCCCAACCGAUUGAGGUUGUCGAAGAUAUCGGUGCCCUUGUUGCCGAUGUCUCCCAAGCCGGCUCAUCCCUCGGCACAGGCGGCAUGUCCACCAAGAUCGUAGCCGCCCGCCUCGCCACCUCCGCCGGCGUCACCACCGUGAUCACCCGCUCCUCCAACCCGGGCAACAUUCACAAGAUCGUCAAGCACAUCCAAGGCAGCCGUUCCCCUGCCUCCCUGACUACCCAAGUCAACCACCCCUCCACGGCCUCUCUCGCCUCCCUCAACAAUGGUUCCGGCUCCGGCACCUCCACCCCAGGUGCCGCGGCGGCCGCCACCCCCAGCUCCGAGCAAGCCCCAGCUGCCGCCAACGACCGCAGCCAAAUCCCCCUGCACACGCGCUUCCUCCCCUCGGCCUCGCCCGUCCGCGACCGCUACUUCUGGAUCCUGCACGGCCUGCGCCCUCACGGCACUCUGUACAUCGACCAGGGCGCUUACAAGGCUUUGCUCGGCAAAGCCGGCCUUCUGCCCGUCGGCGUGGUCGACGUCGAGGGUUUCUUUGCUCAGCAAGAAGCCGUGCGUCUGUGCGUUGUUGAUAAGCGCCGCUCUACGCCCGGUGCCGACGGCAAGAUGUGGGAGGGCGAGGCGGUUGAGGUGGGCCGGUGCCUGACUAACUAUUCGAGCGCGGAAAUUGCGCGGAUCAAGGGACACCAGAGCGCGGAAAUUGGGCAGUUGCUUGGGUACGCUGACAGCGAGUAUGUGGCGCAGAGGGAGAGCGUGAGCUUUUAUAAUGCGGUUAGUAGGCCGGCUAGUCCUGUUGGGGGUCAUCGGGCGUGA